AUGGCUUUCCAUUCACAAAGAAAGAAUCCUUAUGAAAGUUUCUUAAAGUUUAGAGAACAAGAAGAUGGGGACAUCACGAAAUUAUUUGACAGUUUUUACAAAGCUGAUAGUUUUCAACAGAUAAAAGACUGUUUUGAUGCCAUGUGUAAAUAUUUAGAAGUAGAUCCCAAUGAUCACUGUAACUUUUAUUCCAAUAUCAAAAAUAAACUGAACGUAUGGAGAGCUAAGGCAUUUUUUGCUAAAUUAGAUGUCAAGAGAGCCCAGUAUGUUUAUGAGAGUGACGAAGUCGGCAAAGACAUAAAGGCAUUAGUAAUUGGUGGCGGACCUUGUGGACUACGAGCAGCAAUAGAAAUAGCUUUACUAGGUGGUAAGUGUAUAGUGUUAGAAAAGAGAAGUGAAACGACGAGAAAUAACGUUCUAGCGUUAUGGCCGUAUGUAGUAGAAGACUUGAAAGGUAUUGGUGCCAAAGAUUUCUUUCCUGGUUUUUGUGUUGGUGGAAAAGAUCAUAUCAGUAUACGUCAAUUACAGUGUGUUUUGAUGAAAACUGCUCUAUUAUUGGGUGUAGAGAUACAUAUUGAUGCAGAAUAUAAAGAUUUAGUUGAACCACCAGACGAUCAAUCUUCAGGAAUGGGUUGGAGAUGUCUGGUAGAACCUAGUAGUCAUUCAGUCUCGAACUACCAGUUUAAUACUGUUAUUGGUGCUGAUGGUAAACGGCAUGGUCUCUCAGGCUUUAAAUGGAAUGAAUUUCGUGGAAAACUCGCCAUAGCUAUAACAGCUAACUUUAUAAACAGAAAAACCCGGUCUGAUUCUAUGGUACCCGAGAUUUGUGGGUUGUCUUAUAUCUAUGAUCAACAAUUCUUUAAAGACAUCAAAUCAAAAACUGAUACAGAUCUAGAGAAUAUAGUAUAUUAUAAAGCCUCUACACAUUAUUUUGUAUUUACUGCUAAGAAAGAAAGUUUAUUACUUAAAGGUGUAUUGAAACAGGAUUAUGGUAGUCCAAGUGAAUUAUUAUCCAAAGACAAUGUGAACCGAGAGAAUUUAAUAGCGUUCGCUAGAGAAAUAGCAGAUAAAGCUACAAGUCAUCAAAUUAAAAAUCUGGAGUUCGCCCUCAAUAAAGAUAGUAAAGAGGAUGUAGCUAUGUUUGAUUUUACAUGUUUAUGUAGCGCUCAGUAUGCCAGUAGAUUUGUAGAGAGAAAGGGUCACCGGUUGUUGGCUAGUAUUGUUGGUGACAGUUUACUUGAGCCUUUUUGGCCGACGGGAACUGGCGCGGCAAUAGGGUUUCUAGGUGUAUUUGACAGUAUAUGGAUGAUAAAACAAUGGUUUAGUGGGCAGUAUCAACCAUUAGAGGUUCUAGCUGAACGGGAGAUGCUAUAUCAGAUAUUACCACAGUGUACUGUAAAAUCAUUAUUUAAAGAUUAUAAACAGUUUUCUAUAGAUCCCAGUACAAGGUUGGUACUCGAAUUUACUACUUGUAUGUUGUAA